AGUAUUAAGCAAAUAGAAAAAUCAGCUUCUCUUUGGGAUUUACGUUUACUCCACUUAGUCAACAGGAAUUUUCAGAUCGACAUUUUGAAAAACAACACAAACUUUCCAAAUUAAUUGUUUUUAUUCCCCUGGAAACCGAAAUGAAACUACUCGGACUUGGAAUGCGAGUGAUGAGGCUCCAGUCUGGCGGACAAUCCCGUUCCACGAACACUUGCUGUCCCCCGGAAAUACGAGAACCUCUGCCGUGUUGCCCCAAAAAACGUUUUUGGACCUUCAAAAGGGUGCUGUGCUUUUCUACGUUGACCUUUGGCGCCGGGGUUUAUACGGGCAUCUACGUUUCGCAGAACUAUGAGGUCCCCCGGGUAGAUGAUCCGCAGAAGUUGAUCCAGCGUCUGAACGAAAAAGUGAAGGAGCUGGUUGACCAAAGCAAGAACAAAUCCGCUGGUGAGAAACUUGUGGACGACAUCAAAAAGGAGGCUAAAAAGAUACUGGAUGACUGACUGGUGCGAUGAGUUCUCGUUUUGAUGUUAAACAAAUUUAUCUAUUAUCAAAUAAAGCGAUGUUACAUGUGUAA